ACCACCCCAGGGCCUAGACCCAACUUGGCCUAUAAAUGAGUCUCCCUAACUCCUUUGUUGUUCCCCUCUCUUCCUAAGCAGAGAUCCAGUAUUUGUCUCUGCAUUUGCAUACCUUAGGUCCUUAACCAUAUUUUAUUCAUCCCCAAUAACCCAAAUCAAAGCCAAAAGAAUGGAGAUGUUCCCAUAUCAAUACCAAUACCAAUACCAAUACCAGCCUUAUUCCUGGGACAUUCUUUACCAUCCUCAUAUGUUGUUACCUCGCUACAAUAUCCCUGAAAACCAUGUCCAUUGGAGAGAGACUCCUGACUCACAUGUCUACUCUGCUGAUAUUCCAGGGGUAAGGAAAGAAGAAAUUAAGGUGGAAGUGGAGGACUCAAAGUACUUAAUUAUUCGGACCGAGGCCAUCGAUCAUUCAGCCGUGCCUCCGAGGAGGUUCACAAGGAAAUUCAGGCUUCCAACAAGGGUAGAUGUUGAUGGAAUAUCAGCUGGGUAUGAGGAUGGUGUGGUUACAGUAACUGUGCCUAGGAGGGGAUUUGUCAUUGAUCCUGCUCAUUUACCUCAUACAUUAGGGGUUUCUGCAAGGGCAGCUUGAAUUUAUUUCAUCAUUUCAUUCUUAACUUCUUUUUCUUAAUUUCAACAUUUCAUAAUCAAGCAUUUGUUUAGGAAUAUUUCAUGCAUGGCUUUGAAUGUUAUUCAGACUCGUUUGCUCCUA